AUGAGAGAUAAUUUAGUGUUUAACUCAGAAACAAAGACCAUCCUGGUCACAGUCAUUCGGACCACCAUCGAUGUCAUUAAAAAUGUAAAAGACGGAACCAGACCAGAGGAGCCGAACCGAACCUCAGAGGUGAGCGAACUGUUAACAGGUUUACCGCCAAAGUAAACGCGGAUCACCGUUUAUUUAAUGUCCCGGAGACAGUAAACGGCGGAGAGUGGACCAUGACGAAGAAUCCAUGUAACGUUACAGCGGCAGGCAGCGCGGGGCCCGGGAAAAACAAAGAUGGCGGACUCUGUAAACGCUGUAGCUACUGAAUAUCAGGAUAAAGUUACGAGAGGGAAAGAAUAAAAACACUGAACUGGUUUUAAAAACUGUGAAGUUUUCACCGACUUCAUGUUAACUCCUAUAAAGAGUAAGGAUGACAUAACUUAACCCUAGAACACUAUCGCUAAAAUUAGUAACACCAUCACUAUCGGGUGAUUUUUACCCGAAAUAAUAUACCCAAGAAAAAGUACCUGUCAUUAAAAUAUAUCAAAAUAGGACAAACAUGACAAAUUAAAGUAAGUUUCUUUUAGUUUUAACUGUGCAACGUUCAAAGGGGGGAAAUAGUGCCAUGAGAGGACCAAAAAUACAACAAAAUAACUGAAAUUAGGCAUUCAUGAACAAAAUUCCUAAAGAUUACUAAUAAUAUCUGUAAACUUAUUUUCUUUUCCACCCAUUCCUGGGGUAUGUGAGUCUUCUCAGGGUCCUCGGCACAAUAACAGCUGCAGGAGAGAGAACCAAAAUCUGUCAGAUUGGAGUAAAAAUGAUUAAAGCUGACUCAAAUAUUUCCUAUCACCGUAUUAAUUCCCCUGAAAAUCAACUACUUUGUGAUAGUUAUUUAUAACCACUGUGUUAAAUAAAGAUAGCAUGUAAAUUCCAGGACCGCUCUGACUGACCUUAUUCCCUACAUGCAGCGAUCAAACCCACCCAAACCUCCUUUACCCUCCAUCACUAAAAGCAGCCUGUGAACACGAGUCUGUAGGAAAAAACAGGUUUUGGAUCAGAGAAACAGAGAUGUCUUCAAAGAUGUCAAAGGAAAUGCUGAAGAUACCCAGACAAACACAACAUCAUGAAGAUCAGCUAAAAACAUGUUUGGUUGGGUGAAAAUCACCCAGUGAUAGUCUUCUAGGGUUAAUCUAAUAGGUGUUUGAUAUACACACCAGUGGAAAACAUCCAAUUCAGGUCAGAACCACUUUCCUCCCUCUCAGUUAUGAUCUGCUUUAAUUUGAAAACUAAAGGGAUUAAGUGUUCGGGAGCACUUACAAACAGCUGACUGGGUUUUCUAUCUUGGCAGCAGGAUUUACCGUGCACCUUGGAAAUGUUGGCAGAGGAGGCAACAAGAAAGAUCACCGCCGUCUUCUCUCAACUGUCCUCAAAGCUGUUACACGAAAACAUGACGCUGGAGGCCAGCGUGAUCCAGCUGCAGAGCGACAUGGAGACUUUGAGCCGAGACUUUGAAAAUGCAAGACUGUGGAGAGAAAACGUUCUGAAUGGCUGCCCCGUCCUGUUCGAGCAGAGCGGCUUGGUCUACACCCUGAAGCCAUUUGGAAAGUUAAAACUAAAGACAGGUGAACUGACCGAGGGCGUCGCUGAAUCAUCACCUCCUGCUGCUGACGGGCCUGGUAAGUUCUCAUCCAAAUAUCCAAAACAGAUCAAGUAGAGGAGACACCUGCUGUUUGUUUUAUCCCACAGAAACUCUCAGUAACCGUGGCUCAUGUUUUUUUUUCUAUUCUGCUAUAAAUUUCUUUUUCAGACAGUGGAGAGAGAGCAGAGGAGACGAACUCUGAAUCUGUGUCCUCAGCUAGAAGACAGGAUGAGAUUUUAAACGGUAAAUGUAGGAGAAAAAAACAAACUAUUAGUGAUUUCAACAGCAGGAACUUCCUUCAGGAACUAAAGACUAUAAGAGGAACUCUGUGUGUUUCUUUGUGAACUAGGACCACAGGAAUUUAGUUCUGGGGAGAAAGAUCUACCCCUCACUAUGUAUUUGUGUUUUUAUUUUUAAAUAUCCAGUUUCUGUCUGUUUUCAUUAAAUUCUGACUAAUAUCUUCAAUCUAACUCUAAUUCUUUUAAGACGCCACAGAAGAUUAUAUCCUGAAGAGCACGGAGGAAUCUAGGAGCGCGCAGAAAGUCGACGUCGGGAGGAAAAGCAAAGUGUUUGUGUGUGAAGUCUGUAACAAGAGCUUCAACCGGCAGUUUCAUUUGAUGAAACACAUGAAUACUCACAAAGAUCAGAGGCCCUUCACCUGCAACCAGUGCCCGAGGAAAUUCAGGAACACUGCCACCUAUGAAUACCACCUGCUGCGGCACGAGGAGAAGAAGUUCGCCACCUUCAAGUGUGAAAUCUGUGAGAAGACGUUUAAAACCAAAAUGUACCUGAAGACCCAUCAGCUCGUUCACACGGACACGAGGCCGUUUGUCUGCUCCACCUGCGGGAAGGGCUUCAAGACCAAACACAGCCUUCAGGCUCAUCAGGUCGUUCACUCCGUGGAGAAGCCGCACAAGUGCUCCGAGUGUGGUGAGAGCUUCAGGUACGCCAUCACGCUGCAGUGCCACAAAAGCACUCACUCGGGCGAGCAUCCGUACAAAUGUGCAGUGUGUGGCAAAGCUUUUGUGAAGCGGAGAUCGCUUCGCACACACCAGUCGGUCCACAGAGGGAAAAUCUUCACGUGUGAGACAUGUGGAGCGGGGUUCACUCUGCAACACAACCUGAAGAGACACAUCCGAAUCCACACAGGAGAGAAACCCUUCAAAUGUAAAGUCUGUGGGAAGAGUUUCAUUCAGGACAACAAGCUGAAGGUUCACAUGCUGCUUCAUGGAGCCUCCAAAUCCUUCAUGUGUGAUCUGUGUGGGAAAACGUUCCUUUACAACUGCCAGCUACAGAAACACCAGAGGAUGACUCACGAUGAAUCACGGGGGCAGAUCACGAGCAGGCGAGCUCGAGAACCAGGAAAUCGCAGAGUCAUCUACCGACGAGACAGAACCACAGUGGACGUGACUCCUUUCAGCUGCAAGACCUGCCGCAAGGGCUUCGACACGGCCAACGCGCUGAAGAGACACGAGGUCAUUCACUCGGGUCAGAUGCAGUACAACUGCGACACAUGCGGGAAGUCGUUUUUCUAUAAAGCCACGUUUGACUACCAUCAACGGAUCCACUCAGGAGAGCGACCGUUCGGCUGCGAUGUGUGUGGGAAGAGGUUCAUCAUCCUGCAAGCUCUAAAGUCCCACAAACUGCAGCACUCUGGGGAGAAACCACACAAAUGUGAGCAGUGCGGCAAAACCUUCAGGAUCUACACAAACUACCUGAGACACUUACGGAUCCACACAGGAGAGAAACCCUAUGAGUGCGAGGUUUGUGGAGCAAGGUUCAGGCAGCUGGGACACGUCAAGUUUCACAUGCAGGUCCACACAGGAGAGAGACCGUACUCCUGCAGCAGCUGUGGGCUCGGGUUUUCAGACUCCAGGCUGCUGAAGAAACACAACUGUAGUGAGAAAUACCAGAAAGUUCUGGGAAACACAGUCAGUACGGCUCACAGUUAA